UCUUGACAGAUAGCUGUGAAUCGGCGCGACGCCGGGGAACAGGGCGGAACUUGUUACUGUUGUCUGCAGUGAUAUCAUAACACUGCAAUAUGAAGACGCGUUCAUAUGACAGCCACCCAUCUCCAUCCCUGGGCUAGACACAGGUGCCGUAACUGGGGCACGAGGUAGGCAUGGGGAAUAAAAGGAAGAGGAAGGAUGCCAGCUGAGCCCCUCAUCCCUCUGCAUCUGCUACUGCUGUCAGCAACAGACUAAAGAAAACCAGAAAAUGGCUCAGUCUGUGAGGAGGCCUGCAACUUUAGGAGCCAUGGACCACGAGCCCCAGAGAGACAAGGCGAGGACUAGCUACUUCGGCAAUGUGAAGACCAGACUGGGAUCUAAGCUACCUGCUGGCGUCUCUCAGCCUCCACAGUUUGCAAAGCGGCCCUGGGAGACACAGCCACCGGGCCGAGUGUUGCAGGAGGCUGCAGCCAGCAGCCAACUCCAGAAUCAGUCUAUUGUGUGUCGGCCCCUCAACCACAUCCCACACAUCAGAAACCCUAAGCUGCGGCAAUACUACCUGCCAGGGACUUCAUGGGAUCUGAACAAUACUGUAGUGACAGUGGGCGGACCAUCAGAUGACGGCCCAAGCAGCAAGGGUCUCCCUGGGGAUAGUGUGUUCAGUGUCUCGUCUAAGUUUAACAGUAAUGCACCCUCAGCAGAGGAGAGUGACUCGGGCCACCGGCCCUCCUUUACAUCAACUAAACCAUCCUCCUCGUCUGCUACCCUCAUCGCCAGAGAGCAGCUGGUCGUCCCAAGGGGAAAAAACACUUCUACCAGUGACGGAUCGUCUCAUCCUGAGCUGGACUCAGAUCCUAAAGAGAGCCCAGAGGAGCAGGCAGAUCAAGACUGUUUGAAUCCACUCGCUGCUCAGCCUCAGUCCCCCUCACCAGAGGCAGAAUACGACAAACUGCUGGAUGUGGAGGCAGUACCGAUGCCUGACGGGCAGCUCUGUUUACUGGCUCUGCCACCAGAGUGCUGUGAGGGGGAGGGACCAGAGCCCAUGCCAUACCUCAAAUUAAUCUGCCGUUACAUCACUGACCGCAAGGGUGUGGUUUCAGGCAUCCUGCUGGUGACUUCUAAUAAAAUCUUCUUUGAUCCGUGUAAGACACAUCCUCUGGUGAAGGAGCAUGGCUGCGAGGAGUACCUUCUGUCAUACUCUGUAGACAAUCUGGCAUCUGUCUCCUUCUUCUCUGAUAUCUCACAUGUUCACUUCAGCACCUCUCAGCAGAGGAGAAAAGGGAUUAAAAUUUUCCAAAAGUUGAAACCCAUCAAAACCCGCCUCCUGAACCAAAAGGGGGAGUCAUGCCCACCUCUGGUGUCUGCUGCUGCAUCGGAUUUAUCCAGUCUGGCUUUGAACCUGACCAAGGAGGUUUCUGAAGAUGAAGAGGCAGAGAGCAGAGACAUGGCGGAGGCUGAGCGGGAGCUGGCUAGCAGCCCUGUGGAGGUGCUAGCAGAAGCAUCAGUAGGCAGCCUGGGAGUGGCUGUCCUGAGCAGUGCUGCCACCUUCUGCUGUGGAAGUCAAGAGGUGGCAAGUAAAGCAAACAUGGACCUGCUGCACGCUGGAAAAAGGGAGAAGACUUCUGUGAAGAAUCAGACUGCAGCGCCUCAGAGGUCAUCAGCUGGGGGCCUGAUGUUUGUGAGGCUGCGGGUUCAGCCAUCUGCAGGAAAGAAAAAGGGUGUCGGAGGUCUUCAGCUGGGGUCAACCAAAACUUUAUCCAGAAGGGAUGCCUGGCUUGCCCUGUCACAAGAUAGCUCUGAUGAGCUGUAUGCCUACUUAAAAGACUGCCGCCCAGACCUGUGCAUCCUUGAGGGAGUGAAGGAGGAUGGGGAGGCAGACCAUGAUGAAGAGGAAUUUGUGCUCAUUGAGGACAAGGAGGAGGAGGAAGAUGAGGAUGAAGACGAGUUGCUUCAGAGACACUCAGGAGAUGACUGGGAAAUGGUGUUGAUGGAGGAGAGUAGAGACAAGCCAACCCUCCCUGUCACUGACAGAGACCCUGAAGGACUCAGUGAUAUUGUUGAGAGCAGCAAGAUUUUGGAGGCCUCACAUGUCAGAGAGAUUACUUUCCUCCUGUUACGUUUCCAGCUGUGUAAAGAGCUUCCUCCCAGGAUGGUUGGCCACACGUGGCAGUUGGCUUACAGCAUGUCCCAUCAUGGUGCCAGCCUCAAGUCGCUUUACAGAAAACUGAGCGACACAGACUCUCCUGUUGUUAUUGUCAUCAAGGAUGCGCUCGAUGAGAUAUUUGGGGCCUUCCUCUCUGACCCUCUGAGGCCUAGUGAAACAUUCUAUGGUACAGGAGAAACAUUUCUCUUCAUGUUGCAUCCUCGCUUCAAGUGUUUCAAGUGGACUGGAGAGAAUUCCUUUUUUAUUAAAGGAGACUUGGAUUGCUUUGCUAUUGGUGGAGGCAGUGGUCACUUUGGUCUGUGGGUGGAUGGGAAUCUGUACCUGGGCCGCAGCAGUCCCUGCUACACUUUUAAUAACUGCUGCCUUUCAGAAACCGAUGAUUUCCGAGUCAUGGAGCUAGAGGUGUGGAAAUUCAGCUGAGGACAUCGGCUGCAUAUCCACUGGAUUCAUGUUGUCACUUCUGAUCAGCUUUAAUCAAGCCAGAAUUUAUCACUGAGCGAAAAACAUACCGCAGCUUCUUCAUUUCAUGGUAACAUCUAUUAAAAACAAAACAAUCAACCUUAAACUUCUGGAGUAAUCCAUGUGAUUAAGUGCUGUGGACUUUAGCAAAGUGAACUAUGGGGGGGAGGGGGGAAUCUGAUCCUUAACAGUCUGCUGUCAGAGUGGGCUCUGAGGGUGGACUGCUUAAUGGCUGACUCAUUCCUGUGGGUUUGGCAAGCAAACUAAAGUUCUGCUACAGUGAACUGUUGCGCUGAACUGUUAUGAAACUGGAUUCUUUGAAUCCUAAUUUUUGAAUGGAGUAGGUUAUCAAUCUCUAAGACUGCACUUUGCUGUUAAUGUGAAUCAGCAACAUAAUAUUUCAUUAUUUAUUGUGUAAAUGUCUCAUAAUUAACGCAUGUCUCCAUUUUAAUGCUUUCUGAACUGCAUGUGUACGGCCAACAGUCUCUCAAAUAUUUCCUUCCAGUAAUCAUCACUUUAAUGGUUUUUCAUCCAUCUGUGACACGGACAGCCAAAAUGAAUGGCGACCACUCGGAGCGCCACUUUUAGAAAGGCUUCUCAAUAGAUCAUCUGUACUUCUAAUGGACCUCAACAGCCUCAUUCAUCACUAUUCACCACUGUGGUUUCUGAACGUGGCAAAUUCAAUACUUCAUGUUCAUGUAAUUAUGUCAUUCAGCCGUAUCUGUUAAUCCUUACUCUGAUAAACCAAUCUACUUUAGCUACAUUCUACAGUACUGUAGAUUAGUUAAUAAAAAAAUCAGCACAAUGUGAA